AUGGCCCUGGGCAAAGGGCUGCGGCUGCGCGCGCGCCUCGACGCGGCGGGCCCGGGCGGCGUGCUGCUGGAGGCGCGCGGCCGCGGGGACUGCCUGCUCUUCGAGGCCGGCGCGGUGGCCACGCUGGCUCCGGAAGAGAAGGAAGUCAUUAAAGGACAGUAUGGCAAGCUCACGGAUGCUUACGGCUGCCUGGGGGAGCUCCGACUAAAAUCCGGUGGCACCCCUUUGAGCUUCCUGGUGCUGGUGACCGGCUGCACAUCAGUGGGCAGAAUUCCAGAUGCUGAGAUCUACAAAAUCACCUCCACCGAGUUUUACCCUCUGCAGGAAGAGGCCAAGGAGGAGGAGCGCCUGCUUGCCUUGAAGAAAAUCCUGAACUCGGGGGUGUUUUAUUUUGCAUGGCCCAACGAUGGUUCCUGCUUUGACCUGACUGUCCGGGCACAGAAGCAGGGGGAUGACAGCGCUGAGUGGGGGAACUCCUUCUUCUGGAACCAGCUUUUACAUGUGCCCCUAAGGCAGCACCAGGUGAGCUGCUGUGACUGGCUGCUGAAGGUCAUCUGUGGGGUGGUGACCAUCCGCACGGUGUACGCCUCCCACAAGCAAGCCAAGGCCUGUCUCAUCUCCCGCAUCAGCUGUGAGCGGGCUGGCGUUCGCUUCCACACCCGCGGAGUAAACGACGAUGGACACGUGUCUAAUUUUGUGGAGACAGAGCAGACAAUUUACAUGGAUGAUGGAGUGUCGUCCUUCGUUCAGAUCCGAGGGUCUGUUCCACUGUUUUGGGAGCAGCCAGGCCUUCAGGUUGGCUCCCAUCAUCUGAGACUCCACAGAGGCCUGGAGGCCAACGCCCCUGCUUUUGACAGGCACAUGGUGCUUCUGAAGGCGCAGUACGGGAAGCAGGUGGUCGUGAACCUGCUGGGAAGCAGAGGUGGAGAGGAGGUGCUCAACAGGGCCUUCAAGAAGUUGCUCUGGGCUUCUUGCCACGCCGGGGACACGCCUAUGAUAAAUUUUGACUUCCAUCAGUUUGCCAAAGGCGGGAAGCUAGAGAAAUUGGAGAACCUGUUGCGGCCUCAGUUAAAGCUACACUGGGAUGACUUUGAUGUGUUCGCGAAGGGCGAGAAUGUAAGUCCACGUUUUCAGAAAGGCACUUUGCGGAUGAACUGUCUCGACUGCCUGGACCGCACCAACACCGUGCAGGGCUUCAUCGCACUUGAGGUCCUUCACCUGCAGCUCGAGAGCCUGGGGCUGAAUUCGAAGCCUAUCAUUGACCGCUUUGUGGAGUCCUUCAAAGCCAUGUGGUCUCUGAAUGGGCACAGCCUGAGCAAGGUGUUCACAGGCAGCAGGGCCCUGGAGGGCAAGGCCAAGGUGGGGAAGCUGAAGGAUGGGGCCCGGUCCAUGUCUCGUACCAUCCAGUCCAACUUCUUCGAUGGGGUGAGGCAGGAGGCCAUCAAGCUGCUGCUGGUUGGCGAUGUCUACAGUGAGGAAUCCACAGACAAAGGGAGGAUGCUCCUGGACAACACUGCCCUUCUGGUAACACCCAGGAUCCUGAAGGCCAUGACAGAGCGCCAGUCGGAAUUCACAAAUUUUAAGCGGGUCCGAAUCGCCAUGGGGACCUGGAACGUGAAUGGAGGAAAGCAGUUCCGCAGCAACCUCCUGGGCACAGCUGAACUUGCUGACUGGCUUCUGGACGCACCUCAGCUCUCAGGAGCCGUAGACAACCAGGAUGACGGCAGCCCAGCUGAUGUAUUUGCCGUGGGGUUUGAAGAGAUGGUGGAGCUGAGUGCAGGGAAUAUUGUCAAUGCCAGUACCACCAACAGGAAGAUGUGGGGCGAGCAGCUUCAGAAAGCCAUCUCGCGCUCUCAUAGGUACAUUCUCUUGACUUCGGCACAGCUGGUGGGCGUCUGUCUUUACAUCUUUGUACGUCCGUACCAUGUCCCGUUCAUCAGGGACGUGGCCAUCGACACGGUGAAGACCGGCAUGGGGGGAAAGGCGGGCAACAAGGGCGCCGUGGGCAUCCGCUUCCAGUUCCACAGCACCAGCUUCUGCUUCAUCUGCAGCCACCUGACUGCUGGGCAGUCUCAGGUGAAGGAGAGAAACGAGGACUACAGGGAGAUCACCCACAAGCUGUGCUUCCCCGCGGGGAGAAACAUUUUUUCUCACGAUUAUGUGUUUUGGUGUGGUGAUUUCAACUACCGUAUCGAUCUUACUUAUGAAGAAGUCUUCUAUUUUGUUAAACGCCAAGACUGGAAGAAACUUCUAGAAUUUGACCAGCUACAGCUACAGAAAUCAAGUGGAAAAAUUUUUAAGGACUUUCAUGAAGGAGCCAUUAAUUUUGGACCCACCUACAAGUAUGACGUUGGCUCUGCUGCCUACGAUACAAGUGACAAGUGCCGCACCCCCGCCUGGACAGACAGGGUACUGUGGUGGAGGAAGAAGCAUCCUUUUGAUAAGACAGCUGGAGAACUCAACCUUGUUGACAAUGAUCUAGAUGGUAACACCAAAGUGAGGCACACCUGGUCUCCUGGGACCCUCAGGUACUAUGGCCGUGCGGAGCUACAAGCAUCUGAUCACAGGCCUGUGCUGGCCAUCGUGGAGGUGGAAGUGCAAGAAGUCGAUGUGGGCGCCCGGGAGAGGGUUUUCCAGGAAGUGUCCUCUGUCCAGGGCCCCCUGGAUGCCACCGUUGUUGUAAACCUUCAGUCACCAACCCUAGAAGAGAAAAAUGAGUUUCCUGAGGACCUGCGCACAGAACUCAUGCAAACUCUGGGGAAUUAUGGGACCAUCAUCCUCGUCAGGAUCAACCAAGGACAGAUGCUGGUGACUUUUGCAGACAGCCACUCGGCUCUCAAUGUCCUAGAUGUGGAUGGCAUGAAGGUGAAAGGCAGAGCUGUGAAGAUUCGACCUAAGACCAAGGACUGGCUGAAGGGCUUGCGAGAGGAGCUCAUCCGGAAACGGGACAGCAUGGCUCCUGUGUCCCCCACCGCCAACUCCUGUUUGCUGGAGGAAAAUUUCGACUUCACAAGUUUGGACUAUGAGUCAGAAGGGGAUGUUCUUGAAGAUGACGAAGAGUAUUUGGUGGAUGAGCUCGGGCAGCCUGUGGUCUCAGACAGUGAACUGGGUGGAGAUGACCCUCCUGAUGCUCUCAGCUCCUCAGCAGUGACACCUGCCCGCAAGUCCCCUGCACUAACCAAAAAGAAGCAGCAUCCAACAUACAAAGACGAUGCUGACCUGGUGGAGUUAAAGCAGGAGCUGGGAGCCGCUGGGGAUUUCCACCACCGUUCUCCAAGCAGGUCCCUAUCGGUCCCCAAUAGGCCUCAUCCACCUCACCCACCGCAGAGACCUCCCCCUCCAACUGGUUUAAUGGUGAAGAAGUCGGCUUCAGAUGUGUCCAUCUCCUCCGGCACUCAUGGGCAGUACUCAAUCUUGCAAACAGCUAAACUUCUGCCUGGAGCACCUCAGCAGCCGCCCAAAGGUAGAACUGGAAUAAGUAAGCCUUACAACGUCAAGCAGAUCAAAACAACCAAUGCCCAGGAGGCUGAAGCAGCAAUCCGGUGUCUUCUGGAAGCCAGUGGAGGGGUCCCAGAAGCAGCUUCAAAUGCCAUAGCCCAAAGGGAUCAAGGAUCCUCCAAACCAGAGAGCUCGCUGGGUCCCCCGCUCUUGCCUUGGCGGCCUGCACCCAGGGUUCCCGCCAUCAAGAAGCCAACCUUGAGGAGGACAGGAAAGCCCCCGUCACCCGAAGAACAGCUUGAGCAGCAGCCUAUCCAUUUUACAAUCGGUCCCCGGGACAUGAGCCUUGAGACCCCUCCUCCAGCCACAGCCCCUCGAGUCCCACCUAUUCCCAAACCAAGAACAUUUCAGCCUGGGAAAGGUAUGGAGAGGAGCAGAAGGUCAUCACCGGAUGAGGCCCCUCCCCUGGUAGGGGCCUCCGAGCCACCACCCCCAGAGGUGCCCAAGGUGCCCCCGAGGAGGAAAAAGUCAGCACCAGCAGCCUUCCACCUGCAGGUCCUGCAGAGCAACAGCCAGCUGCUCGAGGGCCUCACAUGCUGCAGCGACCCUGGUGGCCAUCCAUCCGGACUCCAGCCCCGCGCCCAUGCUCUCUGCCCACAAGUGGGUUUUCUUGGCACUUCAUCUGCCACGAGCCCAGAAGUUGAUGGCCCCAGAGCAAUGAAGCCAGAGGCAACUUCUCUCCUUGAUGGCUAUCAAGAUCCCUUCUGGAACCUGCUCCACCACCCUAAACUGCUGAACAACGCCUGGCUUUCCAAGAGCUCAGACUCUGUGGACUCGGGGCCCAAGGGCCCUGAAAGGACCCACACAGACCCUGUACAAGUCAGCGCCUCCAUGUCUGAAAGGGAGCUGUCACCAGACCAUGGAGAAAAAGACUUCAGUCACUGGAUGACCAUCAGUAACAAGGACAAGAGGACAACACUGGUGUUUGACCCACUAGCAAAAACAUAACUUAUCAACAUAUUUGAAGGCCACUUGCAAACCAUGCACCUGUUUCCCUGUGGGCAUCCCUUGACUGGUCAAAAGGGACAUCUAUUUAAAAGCACUCUGGAAAAGAAAAAAAAAAACCUUUAUGCAUCUGUCACUCAUCUGGAGCUUACAAAAGCAGUGUCUUGUUCAAUAUUAUUUGGCCACCAAAAUGUCUUAUUCAAUACUUGUGUGUUUGAAGCUUGCUCUCAGGGGAAUGGGAAACUUCCUGUUGGAUGCAGCUUAUGUAUUUUAAAGGAAGAAAUCGAGCUGAUAAGACCCAAGAAGUUCUCAUUGAAUUUUAGAUAGUUGUUCAGCUUAUGUGUGUAUGUGCUGGGGUUUUGUUGUCACCCAUUUGUAUUUUACAGAUUUGGGAUAACUGGUAAAUAUGUAAAGGAUGACAUUAAAAACAGUUGGGACCAUUAAGAGCUAGUCUGUGGCCAAGUGUGGUGGAGCACGCCUUUAACCCUAGCACUCAGGAGGCAGAGGUAGAGGAUCAAUGUGAGUUCAAGGCCAGCCUGAGAAUACAUAGUGAAUUCUAGGUCAGCCUGGAAUAGAGCAAGACCCUACCUUGGGGAAAAGAAAAAAAAGAGCUAGUCUGGCCUUUCAAACCAGGAAAAAAAAAAAAAUCAGAGUUUGAAAGUAUGAAUAGAUCAACAGAU